AUCGAGUAGGCUUCCAGAGUCCAACCAAUGUCUGUUACACCAGCCCUCAGAGCAGGUGCGCGCUCAGCGUACCGUGACUUGCUACGAGCUUCGGCUUCUACUUUCCAUGGCGACGAGCCCAUACAAAGAGCAUUCCGACACAGGAUGCGGACAGAAGCAUUGUAUUUGGACAGCUCCGCGCAGCAUGACGUGAAACUGGUUGAAGAGAAAAUCCAACUCGCCCGUGACCUUGCGACCAUGCUACGCAGAAAUGUUGUGCAAGCUCGCAGAACACAAACCCAAGAUGGAGAAGAUGCUUGGAACCUUCGGUUCACGAAGGACACUGAACUUGGCGAAAACGAGAGUAUUAAGAAUCCGCCUCUCAUGCCUUCCAGCAGACGAGCACGAAAAUUAGAGAAGGGCGGGCAAAGGUUCAUUUUAUCGUCAAAAAGUGUGCAGUUGGUCACUAAGCUAACCUAUAGUAUAGAACCUGCUGCUCAGCAUAGUGCCAAUAUGCUGCGCAACUUUUCCGCUCUCAAGAGGGCUCACAAAGAUCGGGAGAUUCCGGAGUUGCGUGAGGAGGAUAUCGAGGAAUCAUUCGUUAGAGGCAGUGGUCCUGGCGGACAGUCCAUCAAUAAGACCCAGAAUAAUGUUCAACUUCUUCAUAAACCCACUGGUUUUCGUGUAGCAUGUCAGGAAACUCGAUCACUCCAAACAAAUCGCAUGCUCGCUAGGCGGUGGCUCCUGCAAAAGCUGGACAAACUACACAACCCUGGCCUAUCAAAGGGUGAACUGCAACGCGCGAAGCAACAGGAAAGAGAACGUCAACGACGGAAGAAGGCUAAGAAGAAGGCGAGCGCACGAGCGCAAGAGAAGGACUGCCUGGAAACACAGGCAAAGUGAUGAACCCUAGGGCCAGGGCGCACCAUAUAUAUGAUGAGAUGACUGCUGCUAGAUCUGUCUAAGCACUUAUUGAGUACUAGGAACUGGAGUUAUUAAUUUAGUAGCUACAUAGAAUGUUGUCAGCAUCCGCCGAUUCACAGAUGGCGGCGCUGCGGAAUACUCCGGUGCGG